CGCGUCGACCACAUCGAUAUUCAUCUCCGGUCUCUAGCUCAUCGUCGCACUCCAAGACAUCACUGCUGUCCGUCUACCCGGCCGUCGACUCCUCCUCAAGACGAUCUAAAUGAACGGCCUCCCCGCAGGCAUGGAAAACGCAGUCGUUGCACGUGACGAAAAUGGCAAUCCAUUCAUCAUCGUGCGUGACCAAGGCAAGAAAAAACGGCUCCAUGGCUUGGAUGCAGUCAAGUCUCACAUUGCUGCUGCCAAGGCAGUCACCUCUGUCAUUCGCACUUCCCUCGGACCUCGUGGACUGGACAAGAUUCUGAUUUCUCCAGACGGCGAUAUCACCAUCACCAACGAUGGAGCUACGAUCCUCGCCCAAAUGAAUGUAGAACAUCAAAUUGCGAAGCUUCUUGUGCAGCUGUCUAAGUCACAAGACGAUGAGAUUGGUGAUGGAACAACGGGUGUCGUUGUCCUGGCAGGAGCGCUGCUAGAGCAAGCAGAACAGCUCAUUGAUCGCGGCAUCCAUCCUAUCCGCAUUGCAGAUGGCUUUGACCGGGCUUGUCAAAUCGCUGUCGAGCACCUCGAGACUAUCGCAGAUGAGGUUCCUUUUGCAAAGGACAAUACAUCAAAUCUGUUGCGUACUGCAAAGACCUGUCUCGGCUCCAAGAUUGUCUCAAAGGCCCAUGAUCAAUUCUCACAGAUUGCUGUAGACGCCGUGCUAGCUGUGGCGGACUUGCAAAGAAAGGAUGUGGACUUUGAAUUCAUCAAGGUUGAUGGCAAGACCGGAGGUUCGCUGGAAGAUACCGUCCUCGUCAAAGGCGUCGUCAUUGACAAGGACUUUUCUCAUCCGCAAAUGCCUCAUUCUGUCAAAGACGCCAAGAUUGCCAUUUUGACAUGUCCAUUUGAGCCCCCGAAGCCAAAGACCAAGCACAAGCUCGACAUUUCCUCCGUUGAAGAGUUCAAGAAGCUGCAGACCUAUGAGAAGGAGAAAUUUGAAGAGAUGAUCUCGCAAAUCAAGGAUACCGGAGCCAACCUCGUCAUCUGCCAGUGGGGUUUCGACGAUGAAGCGAAUCAUCUGUUGAUGCAAAAUGAUUUGCCAGCUGUCCGUUGGGUAGGUGGGCCUGAGAUUGAACUCAUUGCUAUUGCAACCAAUGGUCGCAUCGUGCCACGUUUCAAGGAUUUGACUGCAGACAAGCUUGGACGCGCAGGAUCUGUCAAACAACUUUCGUUCGGGACACUCAGGGAGCGUAUGAUGGUCGUCGAAGACUGCGCUAAUCCGCGCGCUGUUACCAUCUUCGUGCGCGGCAGCAACAAGAUGAUUGUUGAUGAGGCAAAGCGUGCCUUACACGAUGCUCUGUGCGUUGUGCGCAACUUGGUCAAGGACAAUCGCGUCGUGUAUGGUGGCGGUGCUGCUGAAAUGGCUUGCUCGGUCAAGGUGGCCGAUGAAGCGGACAAGAUUCCAGGCAUCGAGCAGUAUGCUAUGCGUGCCUUCGCAAACGCUUUGGAUGAUGUACCUGCUGCGUUGGCGGAAAACUCUGGCCUCUCGCCUAUUGAGACGCUCGCAGCAGUAAAGUCGCGGCAGAUCAAGGAGAACAACUCACGCUUGGGUAUUGACUGUUUGUCUUCCGGCACGAAUGAUAUGCGCGAGCUGUUUGUCAUUGACCCCCUCAUUGGCAAGCGCCAACAGCUUCUGCUUGCGACUCAGCUUUGCAGGAUGGUGCUGAAAAUUGAUGAUAGCAUUAUUGCCGGCAGCGAAGAGGGUCAGUACUGA